AUGAGGACAAGUCUCAGUGAGUUGCGGAAAUCUGUCCAUGGCAAGCCAUAUCUCAUCUCCUCGUUUCGUUACAAAAAUCUCGUCAUUUUUUGUGAUGGUUCGAUGACGUUCGUAUAUGGAUUGGUAAAUAACAACGGAUUGGCUGAGUACACACGAUCAGUGAAAGUUCUUCUCUCGCCACGCCUACCUGAUGAAGUGGAGAUAACUUCUAUGUCAGUCAUGCGAGAUGGCUCCUUGGUAGUACUCUCGUCCGCAAAUUCCCUUUUCAUAGUGCGAGUAUCUGCAGAUUUAUGGGUCUCAAGAGCAGAUGGCAACGUUCCGCAUAAUCAGUACAUUUGCGAAGUUCAAGAAGUGCAUGCCACCCUUUUUGAUUCACCCAGACCUCCCAGAGUGCUUCAACUUCGGUGGAUUCUUACGGAUUCGAUGAACUCCUCGUUACACUUGCUAGCAGUUCUUUUUGAUGAUAAUCGUAUAAGAAUAUACCAAGCUGAUAACAUAUGUGAUGUACCAUUCAUGACAAUAGAUUAUGCGCUCGUCACAUCGUUUUCUUUCGAUUGCGUUGUGGAAUCAGAUGAACCUCCAGUUGUGGUUGCUAUUGAUUCUGAAGGAGAGAUGUAUUCGACCGUGAUCAAUAUCAACAUUUCUCUCCAGUUUUGA